AACACAACGGGCUUCUGCUACCUCAAGUAUCGUCCCAGUCCUUGUGUCUUCAAUACAAGAGCCACACAGAGAAGUACUUACAUAUGCAAUACUGGACACACAGAGUGACUCAACGUUUGUCUUAGAAGAUAUACUUGACAAACUGAAUGUCUAUGCCCAACCAGUAAAACUGAAACUUAGUACUAUGACGGCUAUUGACACAAUCAUAUCUAGCAAGAACGUCCAUGGUCUACAAGUUCGAGGACUACACUCUAAGAACCACAUCCAAGUACAGCAGGCCUACAGCCGUGACUUUAUCCCAGUGGACAAGUCUUAUGUCCCAACGAAGGAAACAGCAUUACUGUGGCCUCAUCUCAGACACUUGGCAGAUAAGCUACCACCCCUUCAAGACUGUGAUGUAGGGCUCCUAAUUGGAUAUGACUGUCCAUCAGCACUAGCUCCUCUUGAGGUUAUCAUUGGUGACAAAAAUCAACCGUUUGCACAGAGAUCAGAACUAGGAUGGAGUAUCAUAGGCUCAUCAAACCCCCACCUAGACAGACAAGGAAGUCAGAGCUUUGUGCAUCGGCUCACAGUAAAAGAACUGUCAAUUCCAUCAGCGACAGAUGUUCUAAAAGCCCUAGAAUCAGACUUCACUGAGCGAACUUAUGAAGAUAAAUAUGUGUCCCAGAAUGAUGUUCAUUUCAUACAGUUCCUCAGUGACAACAUCACGCAGAAGAAAGACGGACAUUAUGAGAUGCCCCUCCCCUUCAAGGGCAACAGUCCACCCAACCUACCAAACAACAAGAGGCUAGCCACAGUUCGCCUGCAGUGUCUUAAGAAGAAAUUAAAGACCAAUAAACAAUAUUAUGAUCAAUACAAAACAUUCAUGGAAGAAACAAUUAACAAAGGUGAUGCAGAGCCUGCCCCUACAACAUCUGAGGGAGAGACAGAGUGGUACCUUCCGCAUCACGGUAUCUAUCACCCCAGAAAACCGGACAAGCUGAGAGUCGUAUUCGACUGUUCGGCCAAAUUCCAUGGUGUUUCUCUAAACGACACUCUACUAACUGGGCCUGAUCUUAUCAAUCCUCUGGUAGGAGUUCUUUGCCGCUUCAGGAAGGAGGCUGUAGCGAUCAUCUGUGACAUCGAAAGAAUGUUUUAUCAGUUCUCCGUCACUCCUGUAUCCCGGAAUUAUCUGAAAUUCCUCUGGUGGAAAGGUGGAGAUUUGGAGAAGGAACCACAGGAAUACAGGAUGGCGGUUCAUCUCUUCGGAGCCGCCUCGUCUCCAGGAUGUGCCAAUUUUGGCUUGAAACAUCUGGCACGGCAACACAAAGCUACCUAUCCACUGGCAUCAACAUUUGUGGAGAAAAACUUUUAUGUUGAUGAUGGGCUAGUCAGCGUCCCAUCGGUCGAGGAAGCCAAGAAGCUGAUCACUGAGUCACAGGAGUUGUGCAAAAGAGGAGGCCUACGCCUU